CCCCUCGUAGGCCUAGCGAGUCGGGAGGGGGCGUGGCUGCCCGGAACCGGAAGUGGGAGCCCGGCUCCGCGCGGACGAGGGCUAAGGAAUAUGCUUCAAGAAAGUGAACAUGGGAAAUGGACGAUAUCCAGCAGUGACGAAAGCACAGAAGAAAACUCUGACCAUGAGAAGCCAUCUACAUCUGCAUUAUUACCAAAUGGGCAUGGCAAAAAUAGAGGACCACAGUACCCAUGUUCAGAAACCAGAAAAGUUGCUCACAAGAGAAAAGCUUCUCCUGCAAAAUUUACUGAGGGAAGUUUUCUUACUGAGGUAUCUCCAGCAAAAAAACAGAGAACUUCCCAAGAAGGCUUAGGCUGGUGUCUUUCAAGUAGUGAUGAAGAACCUGAACCUGAAAGUCAGCCAAAGGAUGUGAAAAAAGAAAUGGUCAAAGAGGAGAAAUAUGACAUGCCUGAAGACCAGCUUUCAUGUCUACGUAAAGAUAACAAUGCAUGCUCAAUGAGUCCCAAAUCAGAAGAGCAUCAUGAGGCAUCAGGUGAAGUAAAGGGCAUUUGGGAUUUGUUGAAUGGAAGAAAUCCUUUCAGAUUCUUCCUCACUAAAGUUAAAGGCAUUAAAUCUAAGUAUAACUCUGGAGCACUUCAUAUAAAAGAUAUUUUGUCACCUCUCUUUGGAACUCUUGUGUCUUCUGCCCAGUUUAACUAUUGCAUAGAUGUGGGAUGGCUCAUAAGACAGUAUCCACAGGAGUUCAGGAAAAAGCCUUUAUUAAUAGUCCACGGUGAGAAGAGAGAAUCCAAGGCUGAGCUGAUUGCACAGGCACGCCCAUAUGAAAAUGUUAGCCUUUGCCAGGCUAAGCUGGAUAUUGCCUUUGGGACCCACCACACGAAAAUGAUGUUGUUGUUAUAUGAAGAAGGUCUUCGAGUUGUGAUACACACAUCCAACCUCAUUGCUGAUGACUGGUACCAGAAAACUCAGGGAAUAUGGUUAAGUCCUCUAUAUCCAAGGCUACCUUCGGGAACUCCUGGUUCUUCUGGUGAAUCUGUAACCAAUUUUAAGUCUGACUUAAUAAGCUACUUGGUAUCUUACAAUUCUCCAUCUCUCAAAGAGUGGGUGGAUAUAAUCCAGGAACAUGAUCUUUCAGAGACAAAAGUAUAUCUGAUUGGAUCAACCCCAGGAAGAUACCAAGGCCCUCAAAAAGAAAAGUGGGGUCACUUUAGGCUCAGAAAGCUUUUGAAAGAGCAUGCAUCACCAAUACCAGCCCAAGAAUCUUGGCCUAUAAUAGGACAGUUUUCAAGUAUCGGAUCCAUGGGAGCUGACCAGUCCAAAUGGCUGUGUUCGGAAUUUCAGGAGAGCCUGGUUGCUUUAGGCAACAGAGCGAAGACUCUAGCGAGACAAGACAUUCCAGUCCAUUUGGUUUAUCCUACUGUGGACAAUGUGAGGCAAAGUUUGGAAGGAUACCCUGCUGGUGGCUCACUUCCCUACAGUAUGCAAACAGCACAGAAACAACUUUGGCUGCAUUCCUAUUUCCACAAAUGGUCAGCAGAGGUCUCAGGCCGAAGCCAUGCCAUGCCUCACAUUAAGACUUAUAUGAGGGCAUCUCCUGACUUCCAGAAGAUUGCAUGGUUUUUAGUUACCAGUGCCAAUCUUUCUAAAGCUGCUUGGGGAGCUUUGGAGAAAAAUGGCACCCAGCUGAUGAUCCGUUCCUAUGAGCUUGGAGUUCUUUUCCUGCCUUCAGCAUUUCAGUUGGAUACAGAUUACUUCCAUGUGAAGGAGAAUUUUUUUUCAGAAAAUCAAGAGUCAGUGGCAUCUUUUCCUGUUCCUUACGAUUUGCCUCUGGAACAGUAUGGAAGCAAAGACCGCCCAUGGAUUUGGAAUAUCCCCUACACCAAAGCACCGGAUACUCAUGGAAACAUGUGGGUUCCAUCAUGAAAGCUCCAAGCAAACUCUGAGAUUACAGCACCUGACACUUGAGCCUACUGUCAAGCUGUGAGACUGAUUCACUUCCGAUUUUAAGAUGUGAAAUUGUAUGUUGUUUAACCAAUUUUGUAUUUUGUAAACACAUCAAUAAUAUUAAAGAGUGCUUUGAGAGAGAAUGGGAAGUGGGAAUCCUUAGCGAAACUGUAGUCACAUUCCUAUUUAUGGACUUCCUAGAAAGUAGGGCAGUGUAUUUUUAAAUGCUGUUUUCUAUCCUCCUUUUGUGGUGGAGGUUACACUUUGAAAGGUGUUAAAAUGACAGUGUUAGAUAUAUUCAGAGGUUCCCACUGAUUUCAGUCAGAAUAUAUUCAUACCUGUUAGUAUUCUUCUAGACUGUUAUUGGGCCCUUGGUGAUGGCUAAAAGAGUUUUGUAUGCAUAAUUAAGUAAAAAGUGAAUAAAAGGCAUUUUUUUACACUUCCCAUCAAAAA